AUGGGCCUGGAGGAUUUCGAAAAGGAGCUUGCAGAAAACAAGAAGAGGGAAGAGCAUAAGAAGCGCGACAGGAGCAGGAGUCGCGACAGGCAUCACCGCAAGCACCGCUCCUCGCGCCAUCACGACGACGACGAGCGAGAAGAGCGCCACCGUCACAAGCGAUCGCGUCAUCACAGAGAGACGUCUGAAGAGCGCGCCCGGCGCAAGCGGAAAGAAAGGCACGAUAGGCACGACAGGGACGACCGGUCGCGGCCCAAGCGCAGGGAGUCUCACUCGAGCGACGAUGAGGACCGCCUGACACGAAACCGCAAACCGCGACACUAUGACGAGGACGAGUCUUCUGGCGAUGACGCGCCACAAGGAAAGGGCUAUGCGCCGCCCGACGACGACAUUCUAGACCGACAGCUCGAGGAGGCUGCCGACGCAGACCUGCAGCGCGAUGACUGGAUGAAGGCACCCUCAUCGCUGCAUAUCGACUACGUGCAACGCAAGAAGAGAGAGGAAAAGACGACAUAUGUGAAGGCAUCGGCUGAGCCUCAGCAGGCUCUCAGGAUGCAUCAGGCCGAACUAAACCAUCAUCUAGCCAACCCGCAGGACGAACAAGGGGCUGUGGCCAAGGAGCCGGCCCAGAGAGAAGUGAACUAUACCUUUGGAGAUGCUGGAGCGCAAUGGCGCAUGACCAAGCUCAAGGGAAUAUAUCGGACGGCUCAAGAGUCGGGGCGCAGCGUAGAAGACGUAGCCAUGGAAAAGUACGGCGACCUGCGCGACUUUGACGAGGCGCGCGAGGAAGAGAUUGAGCUGGACCUGAGAAAAAUGUACGGCAAGGACUACGUGGGCAAGGAGAAGCCGUCUGGUGAGCUGUACGAGGAGCGCAGGCUGAAUGCAGGCAUCCGUCGGUCGUCUGGUCCGUCUGGAGAAGCAUCAGAACCGCCUCAGGGCGAAGUUGUCGAGGAUCCACGACCGACAACAAACACCGUUGCACUCAGCCAAACCGAGCUCAACAAACUAAAGGCUCAGAUGAUGAAGGCCAAGAUGAAAAAGGCCCCCGAGGCCGCCCAACUAGAAGCCGAGUACAACGCCGCUCUCGCAAACACAUCCAGCUCCAAGGACCGCGACGUUGUCGUUCUGAAUGCCAUGGACAACCGCAUGCUCGCCGGCGGCCGCCAGGGCGAAGUCAUCGCCCUGACCAACAAGCGCGGCACCGAGCGUGGACUCGUCAAAGAGAACGAGGACAUGUCCAUCGACGACAUGGUGCGCCAGGAAAGGCGAACCAAGAACCAAGCCGGCGGCGAAGGCCAACUGCUUGCAGAGCGCAUCGCAAAAGACACCAAAUUCGACAACGACCUCGACUACAUUGACGACAAUGCUGCCAAACUCGCCGCGCGCGCCCCCAAGUCGUCCAUCAACCUCCGCAACGCCGCCAUCCAAGACUACACAAAGAUGAACCGCAUCCUCGACUCCUGUCCCCUGUGCCACCACGAAGACAAGUCCCCGCCACAACCUCCCGUUGCCCCCAUUGUCUCCCUCGGCACCCGCGUGUUUCUGACGCUCCCCACCGAACCCGAAGUCAGUACCGGCGGUGCCGUCAUCGUGCCAAUCCAGCACCGCACUAACCUGCUCGAGUGCGACGACGACGAGUGGGAGGAAAUGCGCAACUUCAUGAAGUGCCUCACGCGCAUGUACCACGACCAGGGCCGCGACGUCGUCUUCUACGAGAACGCGGCUUUUCCCGCACGAAAGGGCCACGCCGCCGUGAACGCGGUGCCGAUUCCAUUUGAGCUGGGCGAAACGGCGCCAGCCUUCUUCCGAGAAGCGAUUCUGAGCCAGGCCGGCGACUGGACGCAGCACAAGCCGCUUGUGGAUACGCUAAAGGCGUCACGGAAUGGGCUGGGGAGAGCGGCGUUCCGCAAGAGCUUGGCAAAGGAGAUGCCGUAUUUUCAUGUUUGGUUUGAGCUUGAUGGCGGACUGGGGCAUAUCGUUGAGGAUGAGCGCGCGUGGCCGAGGGGCGAUCUGUUUGCCAGAGAGGUGCUGGGCGGCAUGUUGGAUGUGGAUGUUGACAUUGUCAAGAGACAGGGCCGGUGGGUCAAGGGGGAUAGACGGGUAGAAGGGUGGAGGAAAGGAUGGAGGAAGUUUGAUUGGACUAGAGUACUUACCGAAGGGCAGUAAAAGUGCCAUGAUGGAAAACGAGAUUUGUUGUUUGGCAGGCUCAAAAGAAUAAAUUACAUUACG